AUGACUAUCCGCGGAAAACCUACCCUCAUCGGUGAAAAUGGAACGUUCUCUAAAGGAGUUGCUGCAGCAGCAGCUGCUGCUGCUGCUAGUGCUAAAAUAGAUGGUAGUGAUGGUGGUGGUGGCGGUGGUGGCGGUGGUGGUGGUGGUGGUGGUGAUGGUAUGGAGCCAUCUAUGUGCUCAACAAAAAACCGAUGCUACCAUUCCAAUCCGAAUCCUUGGAUGUGCGAUAACGAGGACAAGCCGAGGAGGGAUUCGGCGUGA